CGUCGCGAUGCUGCUGCGCCUGCUGCUGUCCUGGGCGGCCGCGGUGCCCGCACUGGGCCAGGCCCCUUGGAUACCCGAGCCCCGAGCCGUCUGCGGCCCGGGCAGUUGCUACGCGCUCUUUCCCCGGCGCCGCACCUUCCUGGAAGCUUGGCGGGCGUGCCGCGAGUUGGGGGGUAACCUGGCCACGCCGCGGACCCCGGAGGAGGCCAGGCGUGUGGACAGCCUGGUGGGCGUCGGGCCGGCCAACGGGCUGCUGUGGAUAGGGCUGCAGCGGCAGGCUCGACAAUGCCAGCCGCAGCGCCCACUGCGGGGCUUCAUAUGGACCACGGGAGACCAGGACACCGCCUUCACCAACUGGGCCCAGCCGGCUACGGAAGGACCCUGCCCGGCCCAGCGCUGUGCUGCCCUUGAGGCCAGUGGAGAACAUCGCUGGCUCGAAGGCUCCUGUACACUGGCUGUCGAUGGCUACCUCUGCCAGUUUGGUUUUGAGGGUGCCUGCCCUGCCUUGCCGGUUGAGGUGGGCCAAGCAGGCCCAGCUGUCUACACCACACCCUUCAACCUGGUUUCCAGCGAGUUCGAGUGGCUGCCCUUUGGCUCCGUGGCAGCUGUGCAGUGCCAGACUGGCAGGGGAACCUCUCUGCUGUGCGUGAAACAACCUUCAGGUGGUGUUGGUUGGUCCCAGGCUGGCCCCCUGUGCCCAGGGACUGGUUGUGGUCCUGACAACGGGGGCUGCGAACACGAGUGUGUGGAAGAGGUGGAUGGUGGUGUGUCCUGCCGCUGCAGUGAAGGCUUCCGGCUCGCCGCAGAUGGGCACAGUUGUGAAGACCCCUGUGCACAGGCCCCCUGUGAGCAGCAGUGUGAGCCUGGUGGGCCCCAAGGCUAUAGCUGCCACUGUCGUCUGGGCUUUCGGCCAGCUGAGGAUGAGCCACACCGCUGCGUGGACACGGAUGAGUGCCAGAUUGCUGGAGUAUGCCAGCAGAUGUGUGUCAACUAUGUUGGUGGCUUUGAGUGCUAUUGCAGCGAAGGUCAUGAGCUUGAGGCAGAUGGCAUCAGUUGUAGCCCUGCAGGAGCCAUGGGUGCCCAGGCUUCCCAGGACCUUAGAGAUGAGUUGCUGGAUGAUGGAGAAGAAGGGGAGGAUGAAGAGGAAGCCUGGGAGGCCCUUGAUGGCACCUGGACGGAGGAACAGAGGAUUCUAUGGAUGGCGCCUACACAACCACCUGACUUUGGCCUGGCCUAUAGGCCCAAUUUCCCACAGGAUGGAGAGCCUCAGAGAUUGUACCUGGAGCCUACCUGGCCACCACCACUCAGUGCCCCCAGGGGCCCCUACCACUCCUCGGUGGUCUCUGCCACACGGCCCAUGGUGAUCUCUGCCAUGGAACCCACACUGCCUUCUGCCCACAAGACUUCUGUUAUUUCAACCACGCACCCAGCCCUCAGCCCUGUCCACCCACCUGCCAUGGCCCCUAUCACACCUCCAGCUGUGCUCCCUGAGUACCGGAUCCCCAAAAUCAAGGCCAAUUAUCCAGACCUGCCUUUUGGCUACAAGCCUGGGAUUAUCUCAGCCACUCACCCAGCGCGGCCUCCUGCUUACCAGCCCCCCACUAUCUCAAGCAGAUAUCCCCAAGUAUUCCCUCCCCACCAGUCCCCUAUGUCUCCAGACACCCACAGGAUCACUUACUUGCCUUCAGUCCCACCUAACCUCAACCCCGGGGAUACCACUUCCAAAGCUCAUCAACGCCCCCUGGCCCCAGAUGUUCCAGGCAUCAGAACCCAGGCUCCCCAGCUUUCUGUCUCAGCUGUCCAGCCCUCUCUGCCUAGCCCCUCUAAGUCCUCUGCCCACGAAGCCCCUGUGCCUGCUGCCACCCAUCCUCCGGCCCUCCCGUCUCCUCUUCCCCCUCAGAGCCCCGUUAACCAGACCUCAACUAUCAGCUCUACGCGUCCCUAUUCCAGAGCCCCUCUAUUCCCAAGGGAAGGAGCUCCCAGUCCCAAAUUGGUGCCAUGGCUGCCCUCAGUGGCCCCCACAGCAGCUCCAACAGCCUUGGCAGAGGCGGGUCUUGCAGACCAAAGUCAGAGGGAUGACCGGUGGCUGCUGGUGGCACUCCUGGUACCAACAUGUGUCUUCUUGGUGGUCCUGCUUGCACUGGGCAUCGUGUACUGUACCCGCUGUGGCCCCCAUGCCCCCAACAAACGUAUCACUGACUGCUAUCGCUGGGUCACACAAGCUGGGAACAAGAACCCAACAGAACCCAUGCCCCCCAGAGGCAGCCUUACAGGGGUACAGACCUGCAGAACCAGUGUGUGAUGGGGCACAGAUACCCCUUGUGAGGUAGGAGGAAAGGACUUGCUUUGGACACAUGGAUGGAUGAGACCGCACCAGGGACUUAUGGGGGCUACCCAGAUGGACAGGAAGAAUUCUGCUCCUUGGGCCCAGCAUUCAUGGCAAAGGAGACACCAAGGCCUCCAGGACCUGAAGGGGUGGGUGCUGGGAUCUUCUCCAAUAAAUGGGGUGCCAACCUCACCCAA